AUUGUGUCCAGUUCUGGUGAUGACGGUUCAGAGGGAUGAAAGAGUUAACCAGGGGGAGGGCGCUGUCACGGGGGGCGUAUGGUAUAAAAGCCCCUCCGGAGCGCACAACAAGAGCGGCGUGUGUCUUCACAGAAGUUGGCCGGUGCUGUUUGACUUCUUCCCUGCAGCAGGAGAGGCUCUGGUUGCGCUAACAAGCAGCAGACUGAUGGAUGCAAACCUUUGAAUGCACUUACCCCCGAGGACCAGGACCAGGACCAGGACCAGGACCAGGACCAGGACCAGGACCAGGACCAGGACCAGGAGCAGGAGCAGGAGCAGACCUUUUAACUACCUGUGUUUUCUGCAGUAAACUUUACUCUGAACGCGUGGCUCGUUGCAGAAUGUGGACAAUACAAGAAGUGCGCAAAGCGCCUGAAGUACCAGCGGGGAAAAGCGGAGUGUGAGGCUGGGAAUGCGGUGGGGUCAACACGGGACAACUCGGCUGCAACUUUCCUGAGCUCCGAGAGUUUGGCGAGUGCGCAACAAGAGCGGAAAGUGUUCCGGCUGCGCGCUGACGUCCCGCAGAGUUCGAUGUACUCGGAAGUACUUGGAAGAAGUGCGCAAGAACUUUUACUGUCACCGGUUUAAAUACAAUAAUAACCCAGCAUUUAUUGGACGUUUCAUCCACAAAGAUAAUCGGCUGGAUCUAAAUUAAUCCAGGCUGAAGCUUCACCCCCCUGCCCCCCCUCAUUCGCCCCUUUUCCCUUCACUUUUUGCAAUUCUGAUUCCCGAAGUGGCUCCGAAGUGGUGUUACGGCUCCUCAUCCCCGGCGGAUCCGGAGAUCGGAGUCUCUGCACCGGGAGGAGGCGGAGUCGGAGCUCCGGUCACAGCGCAAGCUCGCAAGAGCGGCCGCGUCAGGAGGAUGGUGCGGCUGACAGCAGAAGUGCUGCUCCUCCUGGGACUCCUUCUCCUCACCUUGCACAUCACGGUUCUGCGGAGCACUCCGCUGCCGCAGGGCAACGUCAGCCUGAGCCUGGACCAGGACCAGGAUACGGCACUUACAGAGAACAACAUAAAUGUAAAGAGCAGCUCCUCUGUCCAGCUGGCCCCUGAGGACAGGAGGUCUGGUCCAGAACACCGUUUGGCCUUACCCUGGGCAAAAGGCGGCAACGUACACAGGGACGGCCCCGGCACCUUCAUCUUGGAUCUGCACAACUUCCCGGACCUCUCCAAGGCCGAUAUCAACGGACAGAAUCCCAACAUCCAGGUGACGAUCGAGGUGGUGGAUGGAAUAGACGUCCAUGAACAGGACAAAGGUCUCCGCAAGGAAACCAAACCCAACUGGGCUUCUACCAACUGGAGGAACUGGUGGCAUCGCACGUCGUCGCCCACUCACCACACAGAGGAGCGUGAUCGCACAUACCAGGGCAACGGCGAGGAUAGCAACUUCCUGCGCCCACCUUCUGACUGGGACAGGAGGGGACGAACAGACACGGGAAGCAAAGCUCAAGCCGAAUACGACUACAUGGAUGGAGAGGGGGACUGGAGUAGCUGGUCAGCGUGCAGUGUGACCUGUGGGAACGGGAAUCAGAAGAGGACCAGGUCAUGCGGUUACGCUUGCACGGCUACAGAGUCCAGGACUUGUGAUAUGCCCAACUGUCCAGGUAUCGAGGAUGCCUUCAAGACAGCAGCUACUGAGGUUAGCCUGCUUGCUGGAACUGACGAGUUCAAUGCGACUGAACUCUUUGGUGUUGACACGGACAGUUGUGAGAGAUGGAUGAAUUGUAAGAGCGACUUCCUCAAGAAGUACAUGACCAAGGUAGCCAACGAUCUUCCCAGCUGCCCCUGCUCUUACCCCACUGAGGUGGCGUACAGCACGGCAGACGUACAUGACCCUCUCACACGCAGAGACUUCCGCUGGAAAGAUGCCAGUGGCCCCAAAGAGAAGCUGGAGAUCUACAAGCCCACCGCCCGCUAUUGCAUCCGCUCCAUGCUAACGCUGCAAUCCACCACAUUGGCUGCGCAGCACUGCUGCUACGAUGACAACAUGAAGCUAAUAACUCGCGGCAAAGGGGCCGGAACGCCCAACCUGAUUAGCACAGAGUUCUCUGCGGACCUGCACUAUAAAGUGGACAUCCUGCCCUGGAUCAUCUGCAAAGGGGACUGGAGCCGCUACAACCAGGCCCGGCCACCAAACAACGGGCAGAAAUGUCCGGACAACCCUCAGGAUGAGGACUAUUACAAACAGUUCGAAGAAGCAAGGGAAUUCUAGCUCAGUGUAGCGUGAGACGAAAAACAACGCACUGCUUACAUUUUCAGCUAAACCUCAAAAACGGAGCUGAAACCAUUCUUUUUUUCAUGUUUAUGGUAAAGUAACAAAACAACUGUACGUCUCUGGGGAACUUGCUCUUCUCAACCAUGAGGAACAAAUCUCUACACAGUGGAACCCCUCAGCUUGCCAACAAUGAACUUUUAUUGACUUAAGUAAAAAAAAAGAACACUCAACAUUGCUUUAUUUGGAUUUUUAAGCAUGUUUUUUGUUUGUUUUUACAAAAAAAUGCCAGCAAUGUGUUAACAAUUUAGAUUUGGUCACCAAAGGGAAAAUCAACUUUCUAUUCUUAAAAGGGAAAUCUCUGUUCUGACAGUGUGUUUGACCCAUUAGAUUUCUUGUACUGAAUAAAUGUUAGAGGCCUGUGAUUUUAGAACAGUGAGAUCUUCCCUUGAGUGGGUGAGGAGGGGGAGGGGGUUGGGGUUGGGUCAGAGGACAGGGUACGAAUCUUCUCUCUUUUUUUCCCCCCCUACUUUUUAGAUUGUGUCAAUCUCACGACAUCCUGCAUAUUGUAAAUAUCCAUGCUGUCAUGAGAUUGAAAACAAGAGUUUGUUUAUUUCGCGUGAAAAUCGUUACCAAACGUGUGCCUCUGAAGCUGAACAUUGUAAAAAGCCUGCAAUAUUUUUGUAAAGUAUUUAUUAAGCUGUAGCUGUGUCUGCGUUGGGUGAUUACGACUGUGGUUUCUGAUUCACAUACUGUACUGUGGGACUGAAUGCUAACUUGAGAUUCCUAACUGGCUCAAACUUUGUUUUUGCCGUUAUUGUGCAUAUUUCUACGUCUCAAGUUGGUCGUAAUAGACAGUGAUGAAUGUGUGAACUCAACUGUACGGGAGGGUUUUCCAAAUAUAAGUGUAUAAUUAAAAUUUGAAAAUGCCAACAAGUGUUUUGCUAAAAGAAUAUGUAUGUAUGAUGAGUAUGUAUGGUGCUCAUGGUUUAAGGUAGUUUCCUUAAAAAAAUAAACCAUAGAGAAUAAAAA